ACUAGUUAACUAAAAUUGGCUGGAAGAUUGCGCCUAAUUGUCGCAUAUCUUCUACACCUCUUUUUGCCCCUCUCUCUUCCUAAUAAAACAUAACAUAAUGAUGAAUAACUUUUUUUUUAUUAUGAAGAUGGAUAGGAAAACAUUUUUAAUGAAGAAGGAGAAAAAGUUUACGAUCCGAUGGAGGAAUGUUUCAACACAUGCCGAUGGUCCCAACAUAGUUCUCGAAACAAUAACUAUGCCCCGAAAAAAAAAAUUGCUGAAGAGUCCUCAGUUAAAUAAGCAGGCGAAACCUAGUAAGUUGAAGCCAUCGGUGAAGUUAUACAACAAUUACAAUGACUUUACCAGAGAAAGAUAUAUAGAUCGUGUUGA